AUGCGUCGCAUAACGAGAAUAGAUAGGUCUGUUGACCUCUUACGUACCCGGUCUAUAUCACAAAAUCCGUUCGCAUAUCGUUGCUCAGCAUGCAGAAACCAGACUUCUUCAUUCUCAACUUCUUUAAGAGGGGCAGACAAAGAAUCCCUUGGCCAGCGAGUGCGACGAAGUUUAUUCAAACAAUCCACCGCCACAUCUUCAGAUCCUUACACCGGGCCUAGUCAACUGUUGGCGAAAGAAGCGGAACCAAAAUUUGAACGGAAAGAGAUAAGAGCACCUGAGGAUGCUGAAGAUUAUCAGCCGGCAGACAAUGGAAAGGAAUUGGAAGUUAUUGGUGGCUACGAGGCUUCCUGGGGCGAGGAGUUGGAUGCCCAGUAUCCAUACAAACUGUUCUUUCCAGAAGAAAAGAUCAAAAGUCCUGCAAAAGCGACCGCGGCAUUACAUCGUGCUUUAGUCGAAGUUUUCGCCUUGAGACAAGCUGGAAGGCCACUGUCGGAAAUUUCUCAGACUCAGCCCGGUACUGAUUUUACUGAGAAUGUACAGAUCAAUCCUUCGGACUCGGGUGCUAUUUUACAGUUUUUAGAAAAUGGUUCUCUAGAACAGAUAAUUCAAUCAUUGGCACCCCCCAUGAAGCCUUCCAAAAAAAGCAAGCAAAAACGUAAAGCUCGUCUCGCUGCAACCUCUUCCAUCGAUGAGACCUCAGAGAAGACUGCGCCUACGGAGUCUGAAGAAGAUGUAGCUGCCGAUAGGUCGCCCAUAGAUCCUUUACACCCGGAACCUACACCCAAGAUUGACGAGACUGUGAAGAGAGAAAAUCCCACAGAAUCGGAAGAAGAUGUCGCUGCGGAUCGUUCAACCGUGGACCCAUUGAAGGAUAGCGCUGAAGCGCUGGUCGCAUCUUGGGGAAAUUCGUGGCUCCAGAUUUCUCUCGCUGACCCAGCCAUCAAAUUUGCUGUUGUUAAACGCACAAUGCAAUUAACAGGUCAAAGAAUACCCGAUCAUGCCAUCAAUCAUUCAAAUACGGCAGAAAAGCUCUUACAACAUCUCAUCGCUCCACCCAAACCUCCAACCCUUAAUAAAGCCUUGGAAGAGGAACAGAUACUGUCAUUACCAAAUGUCAGUGUUAUUGGAAAACGUGUUACACCAAUUGACAAGGAACGAAACAUUGGCAGGUUGAAGGUCAUCAGGCAAGAGUUCAAAUCUCGAGGAUUAUCACAAUCCCAAGAUAGUGGAUGGACUGGUCGCCAGCGUAAUAAGGAAAUAUGA